CAUUGGUGAGAAGAGUGAAAUAGGAGGCCAGAUGCUUCCAGCCUAAGCAAAGUAUCCCUAUUCCUUGAGUAUAAAAUAUAAUCCUCUUUAAGAGCUAUACCAAUGUCUGUGUAGUUAGCCAAGUAGCAGGGCUUUCGAGUUUCUUGCAAACCUUAUCUGGUAUAAUCUUCAGCGGUGGUUUCAGCGGUGGUGAUAGGAUCAUCGUGGUGUUAGCAGCUAGAUUUUGUUAGAGAGCUAGGAGGAAGCAAUGGGACCAGGAGGACCUGGAGGAGGACCAGGAGGACCCGGAGGAGGACCAGGAUGGGGUCCUGGACCAGGAGGGCCAGGAGGAUGGGGUCCGGGACUAGGAUGGGGUCCGGGACUAGGAGGACCUGGUUUUUUCGGUGGCAUCUGUGACAUGAUAGGUUCUUGCUUGAGCUGCCUGUGCUGUUGCUGGCUAAUACGAGACUGCUUUGGCGGUCCAUUUGGCCCGCCUGGACCGCCCGGACCAUUUGGACGAUGAUUAGCUUCAACAAAUGUUUCCAUCUUAUGUUUCAUGUUCUUGUAAUAGCUAGGGUUUCCUAUCCUGUUAAGUAUCUAAUCCUUCAAUAUAGGGAUCUACCCUCUGUUAUGGGAUUUCUAUCCUAUUCUCCAGCACUUUCUCUACAGGAAAUUCUUCUAUUUUUAUCUUUGUUUGCAUGUAUUUCAUCUAUGCCUUGUACUACAGACGCGCGCGAUGAUAUCUAUUUCUUCAUAAAAUUGUGUCUAUAUUGUUGAAAGUGGUGUUGUUAGAGCA